AUGAAAAAUACCCAGGCUCAACUUUUAUAUGCACCUCGAGCUGAGUCAACUUUCUCCAUUCCUGGCGCCGAACCCGAAGAAACACUUUCAUUAGAAAACGACAUGGCAGGAAAAUUUGGCAAGAAGCAUGUCUUGAUGAUCGACAACUACGAUUCCUUCACUUGGAAUUUGUACCAAUAUUUGUGUCAAUCCGAGCUCUGUGAGAAGGUAGACGUCUUCAGAAAUGACAAAAUCGAUAUCGAGACGAUUGAAAAUGAAAUAAAGCCAGAUAUUUUAUUCAUUUCCCCUGGCCCGGGCCAUCCUAGUACCGAUGCCGGAAUUUCCAAGGCUGCUAUCGAUCACUUCAAAGGAAAGAUCCCGAUUUUUGGUGUCUGUAUGGGCCAACAAUGCAUGGUAGAGGUUUUCGGCGGUGAAGUUUCUUACGCUGGUGAAAUUGUUCAUGGUAAAACUUCUGCAAUUAAACACGACGGAAAGGGAUGCUUUACUGGUGUUCCUCAGGGUGUUGGAGCUACGAGAUACCACUCUUUGGCAGGUACCAUUUCCUCCAUUCCAGACUGUUUGGAGGUCACUGCAAAGACAGAAACAACUACUCCCGAAGUCAUCAUGGGUGUGAGGCACAAGAAGUACACUAUUGAAGGUGUUCAGUUUCACCCUGAGUCGGUUUUGUCUGAGGCCGGCCAUCUUCUUGUCGAAAACAUCCUCAAGAUGGAAGGUGGAACUUGGGAGGAGAGCAAGCCAGCUUCCUCUAAGGAAAAUAUUCUUAUCAAGAUCUAUAAACAGCGUGUUGAGGACUACGAGAAGAUCGAGAAUAUUCCUGGUCGAAGCUUUGCCAACUUAGAGACAUCUUUGCAACUUGGAUUGGCCCCACCGCUUAUUAACUUCUAUGAACGUCUCCAACUUACGAAAUCCAACAAGGAAAAUAUCAUCUUGGCCGAGUUUAAGCGUGCUUCUCCAUCUAAGGGAAAUAUCAACGUUUCUGCACAUCCUGCUAAUCAAGCGUUGACGUACGCCAAGGGCCACUGUUCUACCAUUUCUGUCUUGACCGAGCCUAAGUGGUUUAAGGGAUCGUUGGAAGAUUUAACGCUUGUGAGAAGAGUCAUUGACGAGGAAGUAGCGGGCGAGGACGAUGCCUCGUACUCGAGACCAGCAGUCUUACGAAAGGAAUUCAUCUUCAACAAAUACCAAAUUGCUGAGGCUCGUUUAGCGGGCGCUGACACAGUUUUGCUUAUUGUGAAAAUGCUUCAAGAUGGUGCAUUAUUGCAACAAUUAUACGAGUAUUCUCUUUCAUUGGGUAUGAUUCCUUUGGUGGAGGUGAACGAUGCCGAGGAGUUGAAGAUCGCCCUCGGUUUGACCAACAAUAACGGCACUGAUGACCCACUUAUCAUUGGUGUUAACAAUAGAAAUCUCACGACUUUUGAUGUCGAUUUGAAGACUACCAGCUCUCUUGUGAGUCUUGCAAAGAAUAGCUCCAGAAAGGGGGAUGUUCUUGUAUUGGCUUUGUCUGGCAUUACUUCUGAAAAGGAUGUUUUUAAGUACAAAUCAGAAGACGAUGUCGAUGGAUUCUUGAUUGGAGAGUCUCUCAUGAGGGCAGAGGAAAGAGGCGAAGCGAAGGAGUUCUUGGAAAAACUUAUACACGUCUAA